CAGCUCAACCCCCAAAAUGCCGUCUCUCCUCGGACCCGCCCCCUUUUCUCCUUCCUUCAAUCUUCUGGAGGCGGAAAAUCUUUAGUUUCUUUGCUUCUGGGAAGCCAAUAUGUCGGAGGGGGAUCAUUGGUUGGGGGAAAUGCAGCCGUUGGACCCAGAGAACACCGGUUUCAUCCCAGUGGAGAACUUCACCAGCUUGGUGGAGCACCAUGAGCUGCAGCUGGACCCGUCCAAGCUGGACAUGCUGUUAGCGCUGGUCCAGAACAAUGAGGAGGGCCAGGUGUGCUACCAGGAGCUCAUCGAGCUGAUGAGCAGCAAGCGCUCCAGCAGUUUCCGGCGCGCCAUCGCUAACGGCCGCCGCACCCUGCAGAGGGAAAUCCUGCUGGACGAGACGGGCCUUGGACUGUACAAACGCUUCGUCCGCUAUGUGGCCUACGAGAUCCUGCCAUGCGAGACGGACCGGCGCUGGUACUUCCACCACCGCCUCUGUCCUCCGCCCGUCUUCAUCGCCGUCGUCACCAUCGUCCAGAUAAUCGUGUUCAUGUGCUACGGCAUCAUGCUCAAUAAGUGGGUCCUGCAGACGUACCAGCUGGACUUCAUGAAGAGUCCGCUGGUCUACCAUCCCGGCCACCGCGCACAAGUCUGGCGCUUCUUCAGCUACAUGUUCAUGCAUGUUGGUUUGGAGCAGCUGGGAUUUAACGCUCUGCUGCAGCUGAUGAUCGGCGUUCCUUUAGAGAUGGUUCACGGCAUCUUACGGAUAAGUUUGCUCUACAUGGCAGGAGUUCUGGCCGGCUCGCUGACGGUGUCCAUCACAGACAUGCGUGCUCCGGUGGUCGGGGGAUCCGGGGGCGUCUACGCUCUCUGCUCCGCACAUCUGGCCAACGUCGUCAUGAACUGGGCCGGGAUGCGCUGUCCGUACAAACUGCUCCGCAUGAUCCUGGCGCUGGUCUGCAUGAGUUCGGAGGUGGGCCGCGCCGUCUGGCUGCGCUUCUCGCCGCCGGUGCCGUCGUCGGGGCCGCAGCCCAGCUUCAUGGCCCACCUGUCGGGCGCGGUGGUGGGCAUCAGCAUGGGGCUGCUCAUCCUGCGCAGCUACGAGGAGAGUCUGCAGAAGCAAUGCUCCUGGUGGGUCAUCGUCUUCUCCUUCAUCACCUUCCUCCUCUUCGCCAUCUUCUGGAACAUCUUCGCCUACGAGCUGCUGGGCGUUCAGAUCCCGCCGCCGCCAUGACGGCGGCUCCGCGUUGCUCCCCGUUCCACCAAACUAAAAAACAAUCCAGGCAGAAUAAUCGGUAACUCUUCACCUGCAGGGCGAGCGAGAGACAAACAGCAACAUGGAGGAGUCUUUAGAAAAUGAUGACACUUUAAGAGUUGCACUAAAAGUUUAUGUAAAGAGCAAACUUUGCAUUAUUCUGUAAAUUAUGACACUUUUAGUCCAAAGUUGCACCAAAAGUUGAAUUAAAAAUUCAUGAAAAGUGUCAUUAUUAACUGAAUGACAUGUAAAAACAGCCGUAAACAUUUCGCACCACGACUCCAUGUUGUUUCUGACGGCGUUUAGUCAGAGCUGCGCUCGCAUCAGGCGAAGCGUUACCGGAUCCUUUUUUACUGAAACUUUGCGAAUCAAAGAAAUGUUUCUCUUUUAUUAAAGAGGGAUUACAGUAGCAACAGCCAGAGGCUCCUCUGAGCUUUCUGUCGUUUUUAUAUGAAUAUGUAGAAAACCUCAUCCGCAUCAACCUGCUGUUUGUUUUCCGUUUGCUUCAUUCAUGCAAAGACCUCAAACCAGAAGAUGCUGACAUCAUCACAUGUGCCUCUGGAAGGAAAGGCAGAAACGUCAUGACGCGUCAUGACGUGUAAAAGCUGGCAGGUUUUCCUGCUGCAGCUCUUAGUUCAAACUGAAAAACACGACAGAGUGAAACUUUCAUUUAUUUCAAAAAGGUUGGAGAUGCACCGAUCAGAUUGGAAUCGGGACGAUUUUCCAUUGAUUUGCUCUGAUUGAUCAGAUUGUCCCGUAAAACUUUAAGUUUUAUCGCAAAAACAGCACAAAGUCACCUAAACUUAAAAAAUCAAGCUUCCAAAUGGCAUAAAUUUCACUAUUUAUAUAAUAAUUUGUCUUUUAAAACUUAUUUUUGAUCUUUCUGUGUUUUAAUGUUUUCAUCUAAAACAAAGCAUUUUUGAUUAGUCCUUUAAUCUCCAUGGCAACCAUUCAACUGUUCAAAACUCCUGGAUGUACCUAGCUCCGCCUUCAAGGUGUAGCUCCUCCCCCUCACUGCUCCUUCAGACUAGCCAGCAGCAAUUAGCAAACAGCUGCUGAGCUCAUUAUAGGAGCCACUGCUCAGAGCAACGCUGGCAAAAACAUUAAAGGAUUGAUGGAGGAGCCAUGUUGGGAUGACUUCCUGAAGGCAGAGCUUCUUAAAGAGACAGAGGCCCAAUUUCAAUGUAUGGAAUCAGGAAGUCAAAUGUCUUUUAAGUCACAUUUGACAUCUCUAACAUUUUUAUAACUGAAGUUAUGAACAUAGUUACUUGAUGUUGCUAUAAAAUGGCCGCCAGGUGCCUGGAAAAUACAUAAGUUUUUAUUUCUGCUUCUUCUAUUAAAGAACCUAUGGGAAAAAAUUUUUCUCAUUUUUGUACUUUAUAAUUCUUAGAAAAUAAAAAUAAUAAUUGAUUAAGUUUAAAAUCCACAAAAAAAAGGAAAAUAUUGGAAAUCGGCAGACAAAGGAAACAUUAAUCGGUGCAUCUCUAGCAGAGAUCCGUUAGCAUCAGAUAGCAUCAGCUCAUCCAACAACAUUUUUCUGCAUUUUUUUGGUUUUUCAUGACACCUACACUGUGGAUACAGGAAAUAGUACACACACACACACACCCACACACACACACACACACACACACACACACACACACACACACCCACACACACGCCUAACACACACACACACACACACGCCUAACACAAAGCGACAAAGUAAGAAAAAGAAAAGUGACUGUAACCCAGCGAUCGGACGCCUCUCCAACCGCCAUGUUUGUCCUGACGUGUAAAAUAUGCCAUGUCAUGCUCUGUGGUUUCCACCACAACACACACGCGAUGCUCUCCGGUUUCUUUGAGAGUAACCGCUGCCUGAUACCGCCUGUCAACGUGAGCGAACCGACGUCGCCUCGGAUCGAAAGCUGAACUCAAAGAGGCGACGCCCGCCUGACCUCUGACCUGCGUCAGGCCGAGUUAAUACCUCAGUUUCUCAUUCUUCUUAGGGACUGUAAACAUUUGUAAAGGAAUGUAAGUGUAAAAACAAAAAAAGACGAAGUGUUACCCUGUUGUCCCCGUUUUCUCC